UCCCAUUUUGAGCACAUGACUGGUGGAACUCCAGUAAGCCACAACAGAAACGUUUGUAGUGUUUUCGGGCUAGUGUUUGCCUAGCUAGUGUUUUUUCUGUUGUUGGCUGUGCAUAGUUGUUUUUUAAAAUGAAGCUGCAGUGUUUAGUCGUUGCUCUGUGCUUCGGAGUGGGUGUAAUGGCUGGGAAAUACUCUCGUGAAUUUAACGAGCCCAAGACGAGUGGCAGUGAUGGACAGCCGGUGGAGUUCAGGAUAGCUAAAUUGAGCCAGGUGUGGGAGAAGGCUAAUAGGAUGCAGUUGUCCCCAGUGCGGCAGGCUGAGCUGCACAGUGACCUGAAGAUCCAGGAGAAAGAUGAGCUCCAGUGGAAGAAGCUGAAGGUGGAGGGGCUGGACGAGAACGGGGAGAAAGAAGCCCAACUCCGACGUAACUUCAAUGUGAUCCUGGCCAAGUAUGGAAUGGAUGGCAAAAGAGACACUCGAUCACUGGAGAGCAACUCCUUGAAGGACCACGACACCAAAGAGGGAGACAUAUUUGAUGAUCCCAGGCUGGACAAACUGUGGAACAAGGCCAAGAGCUCUGGAAAGUUCUCCAACGAAGAGUUACUGAGUCUGAAGAGGGAGUUCCAGCAUCACAAGGACAAGAUCCACGAGUACACCAUCCUCAUUGAUACUGUCAGCAGAACGGAGGAAAUACACAAGAAUGUGAUCUCUCCCCUGGAGGGCGAUGCCAAAGAGCAUGUGCUGCACCAGAAGCACACGGACCUGAAGCAGAAAAUGAGAGACCUUAACCAGGGUUUUGAGCGCCUCCGUAAGCUCAGCCAUGAGGGCUUUACUGAAGACAGUGAGUUCCGGGAGCCCCGUGUGAUUGAACUGUGGGAAGCUGCUAAGAGGGCCAACCUGAGUGAAGAUGAGCUGGACUCGCUCAAGGAGGAGCUGCGUCACUUUGAGACCAAGGUGGAGAAGCACAGCCAUUACCAGGAGCAGCUGGAGCUUUCCCACCAGAAGUUGCUACAUGUGGAGUCUUUAGGAGACAAAGAGCACAUCAAGAGGAACCAGGAAAAGUACAACACACUAGCUGAGAAGACCAGGGAGAUGGGUUACAAGAUGAAGAAACAUAUGCAGGACUUGUCCAACAAGAUCUCUCGAGAGGGACUCGAGCACAAUGAGCUCUAAGAGACUCGGAUCAUGAAGGUUAAAUGCACACCCGUCUACAGCCACACCCACAACGUACAUUACAUGCCCCUAUUCCCCUUUAACUACUGACAAAAUAAGUUUUUUACUUUUCUA